AUGCCCGACCCCGGUUUCGUCGGUGAUGGCCAAUUGAGAUCGCCCAAAAGGCCCGCAUCUGCCGCUCUGGUAGAGGCCAAGUUGGGCUCAAACGCGGUCAUGUGGACUUGGAAUUUCACCGACUUGAGCAAUAUGGUUGCUAUCCUGCAGCUCGCAGCGGCGGAAAUGUUUGAGCAGGAGUCGGCAGGUCCUGGCACAAACCGAAUGCUAGCUGGCCUCUGGGAACCGCAACAUUUCCCCACUUCCAUCGAGCAUCCCGAGUUGGAGUUCCUUAAUAGGCGUCACGAGUUGCAGCGGUUCUUUCCCGAGUUGCAGAGCCAUCUACAGGCUAAAAUCAUUCAGCGGCUCCAACAAACUCAGCAAAAUUCCCCUGAACGCCUCCUGCUAGAUGCGGCGAUAGGUCUUGUUCUAGAUCCCUUGGCUGGCGCUCUAGUGGCGUCUGGGACUCACGAAACACCAACCUCGCUCACAAAAGGGUGUCUAUCUUUUGCCAGGUCGGCUGAUUACCUGCGCGGGCAAGCUAUCAGGCUUAUCAGUGACGGACAGCCAUGCCUGGCAAUUCUGUACCACAGCAAAAGCCUGGUAUUUGGACGGAAGGGCCCCGAUCCGGAUUUCUGCGAGGCCAUUAAGAGGCAGAAAAUACCAACAUUUAUGGCUUCUACAUGCCGCAAGUUUGGGCUUCCAGAUCAGUAUUGUAUGCCCGCCUUUUGGAGCUGGCCAUCCAUGAUCCACCCAACUCUCACCGCUCACAUUUCCCAGCAAUCCGCUGCCGAGACAAUCCUCCUCAAGACGUGGAUUGGCUUUGAUGACAUCCUCGACUUGAUGAAGAGUUGUCGACUGCAAGCGACAUCAUCAACCGACUGGAAAGACGUGUUCCGGGAUGUAUAUCUGAAGCCGGCCAAGGCAACGAAAACAGAUGACUAUGGCCGCACGAAUAUUCACGUUGCGGCAAUCCUCCGAAUGGAACCGGCUGAUAUUCUCAACGCUGCUGGCAACCUUGCGCAAAAAGAUCGCCGAGGACGACAUCCAGUUUGUUCGGCAUGGGGCGUGGCCUAG